UUGGCGCAUUUGACACGCGCACUGGGUGCCAGAACAGACUGUAAACAAGCAGACUGUAACCUGAGACGAUCCGUUCCAGUCCACAGGACAUUUCUGAGACAAAGUGUGAUGAGAAGAAACAUUAGUCAACAUUGCGUCUUCACAGAGGAGAAAAGUGUCAGUUAAGGCGGACUUUGGACUUCUCUGUUUUGGUUCCCGCCCUUCUGACCACAAAGAAACGGCCAUAUUACACAGACAUAACAGUAAAACACGGGACAAGGACGGAAGUUGAGGCUUAUUUACACUCCUCUGGUUGUUUUGAGCUCCGCCAGUAAAAAUGGCUGACAAGAGGUCGAGGAAGAGAUCCAAGUCUCAGUCCACCGCCCACUCUCCUGAGGAGUCUGAACAGCCGAUCAGCUCCAGCAGUGAGCUCAUCAGUUCACAAACAAGUGAAGCGGAGUCCUCGGGUCCCACCUGCGACUCCAUGAAAAGUGAUGUCUCCAUGUAUGAACCGCUUUACUUUGGUGAAAAGAAGUUUAAACGUUCCCAAUCGAUUGGAGAUAAGUCCACAGCUCCCAGUGUUCUCUCUAUGAAGAGUGAUGUAUCCAUGUAUGAGCCGCUGUACUUUGGUCAAAGUUCCCAGUCGACUGGAGACGAGUCCACAGCUCCCAGUGAUGUCUCUAUGAAGAGUGGUAUAUCCAUGUAUGAGCCGCUGUACUUUGGUCAAAGUUCACAGUCAAGUGGAGCUGAGUCCUCGGGUCCCACCUGCGACUCUAUGAAAAGUGAUGUCUCCAUGUAUGAACCGCUUUACUUUGGUGAAAAGAAGUUUAAACGUUCCCAGUCGACUGGAGAUAAGUCCACAGCUCCCAGUGUUCUCUCUAUGAAGAGUGAUGUAUCCAUGUAUGAGCCGCUGUACUUUGGUCAAAGCCAGCUUCCUGAGGAGCAGUCUAGCUGUUCAGUGUGUAUGGAGGCUUUGAGUAAUCCAGUUCGUUUAACCUGUGGACACUGGUCAUGCAAACAGUGCGACAGCCCAGAACAACCCUGCACCAUGUGUGGGAAGCAACUCGGAGUAGAUCCUGGACACCAGAGGGAUUCUGGGAAAAGCACCGGGGGAAGUCAUCUUUUGAAGGCAAAGAUGAGUUUUCAAAAUGCCAUGCGGAAGAAAUUUACUUCGACAUCUGAAGGUAUUGGUGAUGAGCAGAGCCCACUGAACAGCAUCCAUACUGCACUCUUCAUCACUCAUGGAGAGAGUGAAGGGCCACAUGAAGAACAUUCGAUGAGAGAAAUCAAACAACAAUGGUCUUCUGAGCAGUCAGUCGACCUCAGUGACAUCUUCAGACCGUUGCCUGGCCAAGAGAAACCCCCCAGAACAGUUGUGACGAAGGGUGUUGCAGGAAUCGGAAAAUCCUUUUCUGUGCAGAAAUGUAUUCUUGACUGGGCUGAGGGGAACGCAAACCAGGACAUUGAUUUUGUUUUCAAUCUUGCUUUCCGAGAGAUGAAUUUGAGCACAGAAAACAAAAGCUUGCACAAGCUCCUGACUGAAUUUCACCCUGCACUUCAGAGUUUGACUGACUCAGAAGAUUUGGUCAAAGCCAAGGUUCUAGUGAUCCUGGACGGCCUGGAUGAAAGCAGAUUUGAUCUGGACUUUGAGAACAAGCUACAAGUUACAUCUGUCAGUGAAGUAACAUCUGUGGCUAAUCUCCUAACAAACCUCAUCCAGGGAAACCUCCUUCCUCAUGCUAACCUGUGGAUAACAUCUCGUCCAGUAGCCGCCAAUCAGAUCCCUGCAGAGUUCAUCGACAUGGUGACGGAGAUACGAGGGUUCACUGACCCACAAAAAGAAGAAUACUUCAGGAAGAGAUUUAGCAAUGACUUGAGCCUUGCUGACAGGAUCAUUUCACACAUUCACUCUUCACAGUGUCUCAACAUCAUGUGCCAGAUCCCGAUCUUCUGCUGGAUUUCUGCCCUAUUAUUUCAGGAGAUCUUUGGGGGAGACGAGAAAGCUGAAAUACCUCAAACCAUGACAGAGAUGAUGGGGCAUUUCCUGUUUUCCCAGACAAAACGCAGAAGCAGGAAAUAUGACAAGAUCACUGAGGAAAACAAAGAGAGACUUCUGACAAGGCACCGAGAAUUUCUUCUGAAACUCGGCAAGCUUGCAUUUGUUCAGCUACAGAAGAACAACCUCAUCUUCUACGAUGAAGACCUGGAAGACUGUGGCAUUGACAUCCAAGAGGCAACCAUCUACUCUGGAUUUUUCAACGCAGUUCUCAGGGAAGAAGAAGUCUUUUCCAAGAAAAAGGUCUUCUUCUUUGUGCACCUGACCGUACAGGAGUUCUUUGCAGCUCUUUUUGUCUAUGACUGUUUCACAAAAAACAAUACAGAAGAGCUUGGCAACUUCCUGGAUCUGAAGGACAAAGAACAUACUUUGCUAGAUCUUCUGAAGAUGACAGUUGACAAAGUGUUGGAGAAGAAGAACGGCCACCUGUACUACUUCAUGCGCUUCCUCCAUGGCCUUUUGGUAGAAUCCAACCGGAGAGUCCUUCAGGGUCUGCUGACAUCACCAGAACCAAGCCAAGAUACUGUCAAGAAAAUCUUGACUCACCUCAAAACAAUCAGAAGGAAGGGCCUCUCUCCAGACAGUUGCAUCAGUCUCUUCCGGACCAUGGUGCAGAUGAGAGAUCACAAAGUCAAAGACGAGAUCCAAGAAUAUCUGACGUUGUCAGAUCGUUCAAAAACAGAGCUGAUGCCGCUGCACUGCUCUGCACUGGCCUACAUGCUGCAGGUAUCGAAGAAUGAUCUGGAUGUGUUGAACUUAAAGAACUUCAACACAUCAGAUGAAGGCAGAAGAAGGCUGAUACCAGCUGUGAGGGUCAGCAGAACGGCUAUACUAGCAGACUGUAAAGUGACCGAGGAGUGGGUUAAAUAUCUGGCCUUUGGCCUCAACUUCCCCUACUUACCUCUGAGACAUCUGGAUCUGAGCAACAAUGACCUGAAAGAUUCAGGAGUGAAGCUGUUCUGUGGUGGACUCUCAAGUCAAUGCUGCAGACUUGAAACCCUGAGUCUGUCAGGUUGUCAGGUCACAGAGGAUGGCUGUGCUCCUCUGGUCUCGGCUCUGCAGUCCAACCCCUCCCAUCUGAUAGAGAUGGACCUGAGCUACAACAAUCUGGGAGAUUCAGGAAAGAAGAUGCUCACUGAGCUGAGGGAGGACCCAAAAUACAAGCUCAGAAAUCUCAAAGUUGAUCAUGAUGGAAGUCAAAGAAUGACACCAGGAUUCAAGAAAUAUGCCUGUGAGCUCACUUUUGACCCCAACACAGCCCACAAGAACCUCCGUCUCUCUGAAGGGAACAGAAAGGUGACCUGGGUGGAAGAAGAGCAGCCGUAUCCAGAUCACCAAGAAAGGUUUGAUCACUGCCGACAGGUGCUGUGUGAACAGGGUCUAAGUGAGCGCUGUUACUGGGAGAUGGAGGUCUUGGAGCCCUUCAACAUUGGGAUAACGUACAAAACCAUCGGCAGGAAAGAGUAUGUGGAUGAUUGCAAGCUGGGACAAAACAACAAGUCCUGGAGCCUGAUUUGUUCUGAUGAAGGUUGCUUUGUUCUGCACUGCAAUCAGAGUGUCAGUGUAGCCUCCCUCUGCUCGCGCUCCAGUAGGGUGGGGGUUUACCUGGACCAUCCGGCUGGGACUCUGUCCUUCUACAGAGUUUCCUCUGACAGUCGGACCCGCCUCCAUACCUUCGAAACAACAUUCAAUGAGCCCCUCUAUCCAGCUGUUCAACUUCACACUCAUUCCUCUGCAUGCUUUCGUCUGCCAACUUAGUUCAGUCAACACAUAGCUAACUAAACUUUCACUGCAAUCACACAGGCAACCAAAGCCGUAGAUUAGUAUUUGGAUGGUCGGGACAUGUCCCAGACAAUCAGACUACCAGAGUUAGUCAGUAGCCACCUUACCCUACCGUACCAAACACGGUUGAGCUUGUGUUUGCCAAGGCCAGUUUUGUUUCCAUUGUCACUUCUGGUCUUAGAUCGCGCCUUGGGGGAGCAAGUUCCCAGGUGUUUAAGGCCCGCCAAUUACUCAUCAGCCAAGCAGGGCCAACCGAGGCCUGUAGGGGGAAGUCAAGAGAUACAGGCCGUGCAGAGCUGGGACAUGGCUGCAGACAGCGCAGCAGCUCUUUUUUUUCAUAAACCCAGUUUUCAAUCACUGAAUUAAAAGAAGGACAUCAACAGGGUAAUAAAUUGCGUUACAGACAUGUUAUGCAAUUCAUCUAUGGCUAAGCCACACCCCCAAACGCGAUGAGCCAAUCACAGUGCGCAUAGCUAACUCAAUACACUCGGACAUUCUCUGCUUCCACAUCCAUUGAAAUGCAUUGGAGUUAGUCCGUUAUCAGUCGUUUUUAUGUGUUUUUUCUUGAGAUUUGAAGUUUAAAAUGGUCAAGCGGUGUGCAUGGGGAUUCCCAACCGCUGUUCCGCGGCAUACAAGUGUGCCGUAAGAAAUCAAUAUCUAUCAAUAUCAAAAUCAAUAUCUCCUCAUUAAUGACUGGAGACAAAUCCAGCGACUCCGUCUUAACGAGCG